AUGAUUCAUGGACCAUGCGGAAUUUUAAAUCCCAAUUUAUCGUGCAUGAAGGAUGGGGUUUGCAUAAAAGGUUUUCCUAAAGAUUUCAAUCUUUAUACUGUUGCAACUUUCAAUGGCUAUCCACACUAUAGGCGUAUAGAUAAUGGUAGAGUAGUUGUUAUAAAAGGUAGCCAAGUUGAUAAUCGUUGGGGGCAUGAUUGUGCUAAUGAGGUAAUUAAUGAAAGUGUUCACCAUGAUGAAAUUAAAUCAUAUUUAGACUGUCGCUUUGUUUCUGCACCAGAGGCUCUUUGGCGAAUAUAUGAGUAUUCCAUAAGUGAUAUGUCACGCACCAUUAUACGCCUUCAAGUGCACCUUCCUGAUAAUCAGAUAGUAUAUUUUAACGAGGGAGAAGAACAAGUAGCUAUUAAUCGUGCAACACAGCGUGACACUCACCUAACUGCUUGGUUUAAAUUAAAUGCUGAAAAUUUUGAAGCACGUCGCUAUUGUUAUAUUGAAAUUCCAUAUCACUUUGUGUUUGAUGGUGCAUUAUCUUACGAGAAUUUGCGCACUGUGAAUGGUACUGUUUUUAAUACAUUUCGUGAAGCGUGUUAUCAGUUAGGUCUGUUGCAAGAUGACAUUGAAUGGAGAAAUACAUUAACUGAGGCUGUUGCAACUGGAUUGCCUAAACAAAUUAGGCAACUGUUUUCCAUCAUAUUAACAUUAUGUCAACCUGAUGAUCCUUUACACCUAUGGAAUACCUUUAAAGAUUAUAUGGUGGAGGAUUACAUACACCGUUCAAUGCCAAUCCUACUUGCUGAACAAGUAGCACUUUGUCAAAUUGAAUCUAUAAUUAAUCAGAGUGAAAAUGACGAUGAAGAUGUACAGGUAUUUAUUGAUGAAGCAAAUCUAGUUAGACCAUUAUUAAAUGAUAAUCAGCGUUAUGUAGCUGAUGCAAUCCUUGCUGCACUUAAUGAAGAACCUAAUAAUGAAAAUAAGCAUUCAAGAUUGUUUUUUAUGGAUGGGCCUGCUGGUUGUGGUAAAACAUUUACUUACAAUUAUUUAAUCACUGAAACACGCAUCAGACAUAUUAGAACUGCAACAGCUGCAUGGACAGGAAUAGCUGCAACUCUUCUUAAAAAUGGAUGCACACUGCAUGGCUUAUUCAAACUUCCUGUGCCAAUUUUGGAAAAUAGCACAUGUAAUGUUCUAUUCAAAAAUUCUAUUCAUGGUGAAUUCCUUAGACAAGUAAGUUUGUUUUUACUUGAUGAAGCAUCUAUGAUUCCUAAACAUGCUUUAAGUGCCAUUGAUAAGUUAUUACAAGAUAUUUGUAAUAAUAACUUUCCUUUUGGUGGUAAAGUUAUUCUUAUGGGUGAAGACUUUAGACAAAUACUUCCAGUUGUGAAAAGAGGUCGACCAGCUGAAGUUGUAGAAUCAUGUUUAAAAUGUUCUGAACAUUGGCAGUAUGUGCAAAGGUUUUCAUUAACUGAAAAUAUGAGGGUUCAGAUAGGAGAAGAGGAAUUUUCUCAAUGGCUUCUAAAGCUUGGAAGUGGAACUUUACCUGUCAAGCCUGAAGAUCCUUUGCGAGGGUGUAUUGAAAUACCUGAGCAGUGCUUUGAAAACGAUAAUGAAUCUAUUGUGGAAAAGAUUUUUGGUGGCACAGAGGAAGCUGAUUAUGCUAAUUGUGCUAUUUUAACACCAACAAAUGUUGAUUCAUUGGCAAUAAAUGAAGAAGUCCUUGAUCGUUUACCUGCUGAUACUAAAAUUUACUUAAGUUCAGAUAGCAUUGAAACUGAUGAUCAUAAUGAAAUUUAUAAUUUUCCAGUCGAGUUUUUAAAUAGUUUGACUCCAUCAGGUAAGCCUGUUCAUUGCCUAAAAUUAAAAAUUGGUGCUGUUGUAAUGCUACUUAGAAAUUUAGAUCUAAAAGGCGGACUUUGUAAUGGAACACGUUUGAUGGUACGUGCACUGCACAACAAUUAUAUUGAUGGACAGGUUCUAACAGGGGUAGCAGCUGGUAACAGGAUCUUAGUUCCUCGAGUUCAAUUAGCUCCGUCGGAUUCAAAUUUACCCUUUAUACUCAAACGUCGUCAGUUUCCAGCUAGGUUAGCAUACUCAAUGACCAUAAACAAAAGUCAAGGUCAAACUUUUGACAAAGUUGGAGUUUAUCUUAAAAAGCCUUGCUUUUCACACGGUCAAUUAUAUGUUGCAUCCAGAAACCAGUCUUUGAUACUGGUUAGAAAACCAGUCUUUGAUACUGGUUAG